AUGUUUUUCUUAAAAUUUUGGGUAUUUGCUCUUAUAUUCUCGAAUUUGGUAGCUGCUGAUACAACAACAUAUUCUAUCACAUCUCAAUUUACAUCAACAUACUGUAAAACUUGCGUUACAGUUACUUCAAUCCCCUUAGCGACUCUAAGUUCCUCUGAAACUGUAAACACACCGCAACCUGCCCAAGAAACUGUAUCUGCAUCAACUGUUACUUCCUACAUUACAGUUCAUGAUAUCGGUACAGUGAGUGUCAGUUUUACCGAAACAACCAUUGAAACUGAAACAACAACAGUUAGUGUACUUGCAACUGCUACUAUCACUGAAACAGAGUCCACAACAACGUUGGUUACCCAAACAUCUAUUGAAACUGAAGUGAAAACUGAGCAAAAUACAGAUACUAUUGUCCAAACAGACUUUAGUACAAGUGUUAUCCUGGAGACAAAAACUGUUACAGCGACAACUGACAUUACAACAAUAGUAACGCUCACUGAAACAAGUAACGUGGAAGUAACGCUAACCGACCACGUUACUGUCAGUGAUUUGGUUACAAAUACAGUUGAUCUGACAAAAACUGUCACAAAUAAAAUUUUUGAAACGGAUACACAAGAUAGAACUUUAACAUCCUACAUUACAAUUACUAAUAUUGAAAGUAGUAAAUCUACCCAGGUCGAAACAAUGACAAAGACAAUAACUUCCACAGAAAUAGAGGUGUCUAUCAUUAAUAGUACAAGUACAGUUUUUACCAUAAUACCAACCACAAGUACAGUCAUAGAUUUAACCACUGAAACCAGUCUAUUUUUAACUACCGAUACAGAUAUAAAGACAUCUGAAUUCACUACUACAGAUAUUAUCUUACAAACUUCUGACAUCUUUACAACAAUCACCAGUAAUGUCGUUAAUACACUGACAACGCAGGAAACAAAUUAUUUUACCAUCGUUGCAACGUUAACAGACACUUUUGAAACAACCUUAACUUCAACUUUUACCACUGUUGAAAAUGUAACCGAAACAUUCUUAACGACUCAAGAAAUGACUGAAACUGUAACGUCAGUCUAUAAGACAACUGACGUUGUCACAAAAACGACUGAUAUUACCAAACUGGAAACAUCUACAGUAUUUGUUUCCCAAAUCGUGGAAAGUACAACUAUCGUUCCUACAUUUACAAUCUCAACUGAAGUUCAGACUCUGGUUCUUACAACAGUAACAGAUGUUACUAGUACAAUAUUAAAGACGGACACUUAUACAACAAUUAUCCCUACAAUUAGCACAUCAAUAUCUACUGUAAUAUUUACAGAUAAAUCGUUAGAGGUAAUAACAUCAAUAACAGUUAUUCCGGUGACUAUGAAUGUCACUCAAACUUUAACUACGGAAUCAACUGUGUCUACCACUAUCCCUGUAACCUCAAUUUUGACCUCAAUAAAGGAUCAAACUAAUACUAUAGAAACAACUCAAAAUAUUACAAACCUUAUUUCUAGUACUGUCAUCUCAAUUUCAUACCAAACGUUAUCUGUAACAGAGACAAAAACUUCUGAAACAAUUAUACCAAUUACCUCGGUUUCUACCACUGUAAUUACAAAUACUGAUAUCUCACAUAGUACUGUUUUAUCCACCAAAAUAAUUCCAAUUACCACAGAAAUUACUAGUACAUUAAUCGAAGAGGUAACAUCAACACAGGUUAUUCCAACUACCAUUUCGAUUACCAAUACUGCCUCAACUACUGAACACAUCACAACUACUGCUCUAAUUACAGAUACCAUUAUCUCAGUAAUCAAUGAGACAUCUCUAAUAACGCUAACUAGGACCGAAGAUGUCACACUAUUUACAACUCUCACAAAUACAAUAGAAACUAUUGUCCCAGUUACUUCAGUAACCAUACAAACCAUAGUAACAACUGAUAAAUCCCUGAACGUCCUAGCUUCAACAGUAACAGUUCCAGUAACAACAGAUAUUACGAACAGACUGUUUGAAGAAGUAAUAUCUACAUUAAUUGUACCAUCUACAAAGUUAGAAACAAGCACAAUUUUAAUUACAGACAUAAAGUCAAUAACAGAAACAGGUACCUCCAUAGUGAAUGAAACUCUUUUAACAACGCAAACGAUUGUAAAUAAUAUAACCAACAUCGUAACCAAUACAGAAAUAUAUAAAACUACAGUCCCAACUACGACAACUGCUUUUCAAACCACCAUUAUUACUGAUCUUUCGUCAGAGAUUCAAACCUCAAUCACAUUGAUUCCAAUAACAACUGAAGCGGUGAUUACCGUUAUGAAAGAGGUUGAAUCUAUAUCGAUUAUUCCAAGCACGUCAGUAUUCACUACUGCUGUCACUUCUACUAAUUAUACAACUGACACCGCUGUGUCAAAAGUCAAUGAAACAAUCUCUACAACAAAAACAAAUGUCGCAAAUGUAACAAAUUUCAUCACGCUAACCAGUACACUAGAGACAAUUAUUCCUUUUACCACCACCAGUUCCAAAUUAGUAACUGUGACAGAUAGAUCUCUCAAGAUUCAAACAUCAACGUUAAUAAUACCUAUAACAUUCGAGUCCACUAGUACAUAUAUAACGGAACAAACCUCGGCCCAAGUCAAACCAUCCAUUAGAUUAAUGACGCCUGUAAUGGCUGAAACAUCUCAAGUUACCAAUACUAAGGUAGUUAAUUCUACAUCUAUCGCAACCUUAACAACAAUUACACCAAAAACUAGUAUAGCCACAAAAUCAAUUAUGGUAACAAAGACCCAAAACAUUUUUAGCACAAAUCAAGUUUUCAAUAUCCUGGAAAGCACUUCGGUAGCUCUUAUAGCCCAAACUCACAAAGAAAAUAUCCCAACUACAGUUAAAAUUACAUCAACUGUUUUAAAGACAGAUAAUUUAUCCAAUGCUUUAACCUCUGUUGUAACUACUUCAAUUGUUACUAAUAAGUUGAAAACAGAAACCAACUUGGUGAGUUCUACAAACACUGCUUCCGUACCAUAUCCAACAACAUCAAACGUAUAUUUCACCAAAAGUUCUACGGUAUCAGCGCAAAAGAUGUCUAAAAAGAGUUUAACCACACCAACUCCAUCUGUUAGUAUCGAGGAGAAUAUUGAAAUUGACACCUCAGGUACCAACCAAUACCCACAUACAACCAGCGGAACUGAAUCUAGGACAUCAAUAAUUCCAUCCUCCCCAAUAUUUUCUCAAGGGAUUGUGGUACAAACAGGUACAUCUAAUAAAUUUAAUAUUCCAAGUAUAGAGACGGUUUUCUUCUUACUAUCUUUCAUACUAAUACUAUAA